GGGACGUCCUUGCUUCGCCCCCUACUCGUGCAUGCAUACUUUCUGUUGGCAAUUUCUUAAACACGUAGAAGCGCAUGAGCCAACUCCUCUAUACUACACAGGCAUGGAGCCGCUGCAUGUAUUUAGCACAACGCUGCACCAGCAUGUUCAAUCUCCGAGCCACCCACGCCGUCUUCGUCACCUCCGGCGUCCACCUCAACACCUACGCCGUCAGCAAACUCAUCGCCUUCUGCGCAUUAUCGGACUCCGGCAACCUCCCGUACGCGUCUCUUCUCUUCGAACAAACCCAGACCCCCAAUUUGUACAUAUACAACACUCUCAUUAGAGCAUAUUAUCGUAGUUCUGAGCCGCAUUUGGCGAUGUAUUACUUCCAUUUGAUGUUAAAACAGAGCGGCUUAGAACCCGAUAACUAUACGUUUAAUUUUGUGAUACUGGGUUGCGUGAAUUGUUCUUGUCUAGUUUCGGGGACGGAAAUUCACAGUUGGGUGGUGAAAAAUGGGUUGGUUUUGUUGGAUGCUCAUAUUCAGACGGCGCUUGUUAGAUUGUACGCUGAGUGCAAGGUUUUAGAUGAUGCCCGGAAGCUGUUUGAUGAAAUUCAUCAGAGAGAUGUUAUACAGUGGAAUGUUCUUGUGAAUGGGUAUUUGAAAUGUGGAUUGGCUUCCGAAGCUCUGGAGGUUUUCCGGGAGAUGUUGGUAUGUGGGUUUGAGCCUGAUGACUUUUGUGUUGCUACAGGGCUCGCGGCUUGUGCUAAUCUGGGGGCUCUUUGGCAAGGGAGGUGGAUUCAUGAGUGCGUUAAAAGGAGGAAAGAGUUGAAGUCAGACGUGUUUGUUGGGACUGCGCUCGUAGAUAUGUAUGCCAAGUGUGGUUGUAUUAAUUUGGCUGUGGAAACCUUUGAGAGAAUGUCAAAAAGAAAUGCAGUCUCGUGGGCAGCCAUGAUUGGAGGUUUUGCAGCACACGGAUAUGCAACUGAAGUGUUUCAUUGCUUGGAUAGAAUGCAGGUGGUGGAUGGCCUCAGGCCUGAUGAGGUGGUCCUUCUUGGAGUGCUAAUGGCUUGUACUCAUGCAGGUCUCCUCGAGAAGGGCAAGUCUCUGCUCGAAAACAUGAAAACUCAAUAUGGGAUUGUGCCAAAACAUGAGCAUUAUAGCUGUGUUAUAGACUUGCUCUGCAAGGCAGGUCAGCUAGAAGAAGCACUUCUGCUUAUUAGAAGAAUGCCCAUGAAGCCACUUGCUUCUGUCUGGGGUGCUUUACUGAGUGGGUGCCGAGUCCGUAAGAAUGUUGAUCUUGCAGAGCUUGCUGUUGAAGAACUUCUACAGCUAGAAAAUAAGGACAGCGAAGAAGAAGCUGGUGCUUAUGUUCAGUUAUCAAACAUUUAUUUGGGUGCACGGAGAAGUGAAGAUGCAGUUAGGAUAAGGAAGAUGAUCGGUGAACGAGGAACGAAUAAGACACCAGGAUGCAGUAUGAUAGAGGUGGAUGGAAAAGUUAAUGAGUUUAUUUCAGGAGAUGUAUCACAUUUACACCGAGCACAGAUAGGUGCUAUGCUGGAGCUGAUAUCUGCUGACUUAAUUCAGGAUUGAAGGGUCUGCAUACCUAUUGUUAACACGUCUGGUCCUUCUGGAUUGCGAAUCAUCAAGGAUUAUGACUUCUCGUUGCCUGUCGGUACUUGCCAUAAAUUGUUGCUGCUCAAAUGUUCUCUUCAAAGUUUCAAGCUUUGUGAGCUUCGCUUGCCACUAGGUUAUGUCUAAAGAUGCAUGCUGAGAUUGAUUGGGAAAUAUCCUCAUCACUCUGAAUGAGGCAGAAAAGGGAUUCGGUUCUAGGAUAACGAAGUUGCUGUCGAUCACCACCUGCAACAAAGACUAGUAUGUUGACCCAAAAAAAAGGUUGCCGGUAAAUCUGCUUCCUUAGUUUUUCUUAUCAUGGAAACGUUAGUAGAGUUGCUAGCACCAUAACACGAUUUCCCGAUGUCUCAGCUCCAUGAAUUGUAUCUUGUAUUUCUAAUGAGAUUAAAGAUGAAUUGGCUGCAUUUGUAUUCAACUUACUGAUUUCAGUUAUACACUUCAACCUCACAUUAAUUAGACUUGUUUUUUGUUCUCA